CCCACACGUGCAUACCACCAAGGUAGGUACUUUACGCAACAUCCCAUUUAGACUGCCUCUGUCUUCGAACGUCUUGUAGCCAUUGAUCAAAGGCCGAGGCUCUCCCUACACCGCGCCGCGAUAAUGAAUACCCAAAGAACAGCAGCAAUGGGUAUUCUCAGGAGGGUCGGCCUAGCUCAAUGCCGGCGCUUCACACAAUUUGGUGGGCCUGCAAGCUCACUCCGGCCCUCGGGCGCAAUUAUGCCUCUCAUCACGGAGGUUACAGCAGGCGGAUGGCGAACAUCCGACAUAUUCUCCAAGCUGCUACAGGAACGGAUAGUGUGCCUGAACGGGCCAAUUGACGAUAUCACGUCAGCGUCAAUUGUAGCUCAGCUUCUGUGGCUCGAGUCGGACAAUCCUGACAAGCCCAUCACCAUGUAUAUCAACUCACCAGGAGGAGAGGUAAGCUCGGGGCUGGCCAUCUACGACACCAUGACCUAUAUCAAGUCUCCAGUCUCGACAGUCUGUGUCGGCGCCGCAGCUUCCAUGGCUGCUAUUCUCCUCAUCGGCGGCGAGCCCGGCAAGAGGUACGCGCUGCCGCACAGCUCCAUCAUGGUCCACCAACCGCUGGGAGGCACUAGAGGACAGGCGGCCGACAUAUUGAUAUAUGCGAACCAAAUCCAGAGGUUACGGGAGCAGAUCAACAAGAUCGUCAAGGGCCACAUCAACAAGUCCUUCGGCCACGAGAAGUUUGACAUGCAGGCCAUCAAUGACAUGAUGGAGCGGGACAAGCAUCUGACGGCCGAGGAAGCCAAGGAGUUUGGCAUCGUGGAUGAGAUAUUGGACCGAAGGGUGAAAGAAGAUGGCAAGCCCGGGUCUAAGGACGCCAAUGAGACGGCGCCCAAGCCUUAAUCCGGGGGUGUUGAGCAAAUGGGCAACUAGCUUACCCAAUGCCGUGCGAGAAGGGCGCACGGCUGGCGAAUGGAUUGUGACAGGCAGGCACUUUGCAAUAUACAGGUCAGUGACUUGGAGUUGAUGAAAGAAUGCUUGCAUCCUCCCGUUCCGUCGGCGAUGAGUGCCUCCAUCGGGAGCAAAGCGAAGACAUCGGGUUCAUUGAUAGAAGCACGACUGGGCGACGCUAGGCAUUUUACGCCCAUAUUCCUGUUCAGUUUGAGGGGAAGGAUUUGGAGGAUGAUUGGGCGGUGUUUCUGGGAGGUUAAAGACGUUUAUUAGAUGCUUGGAUGAAUAAAACGGCGCCGGUAGUUGAUACGAUAUCUGUAACAAGAGCUGUCUCCAUGUUCCCGAAGCUCUGGAGAACGAAUGAUUGCCCGACGACGACCAAUCAGAGAGCUUGCAAUUCGAUAGUCAAGGGCGGGGAGCUACUGCGGGGA